AUGUCGAUCCAUCGUCUACCAAGCACAAAAAAAUCUCCGGAGUUAAUCGAUAAUUACUUUACCACCGGUGAACGGGUUUACAAAUUUGACAGUAUUAUAGAUCAAAUCGAGGGGCAUUUUGUGCAUUUGUCACUGAGUAACGAUGGUUUACUGUUAUUCUGGAAACAAUAUAAAGGUGAUGAAGUAAUAGCUUCGGAAUUCUACUAUACCGAUGAUAUUAUUGAUGUAUUUUCGGGUUGCUGUGCAGAAAAUUCACGACGAGAGGGAAUUCAUCAAAAACGUUGGCUUAAUGAGCUUCGUCGAUUAUCAGUGAAAGCAUUGAAGGAAUUAUCACUUCGAGGUUGCUUUUAUUAUUGGCAGCGAUUGUUCACCAAAAUCAAACAUUUCACAAAUACUGAUCAAAUUUCAGUCAAUGAUAUAUUGGAUGCUGUUCUAUUCACAAAAAAUAAGGAAGAUCGUAAAGAAAUUGAAAAAUCGUUGAAGACACUUUCCAUCUUCCAUAGUAAGGAAACGAUUUCUGUGGAUGAAAUAACAAAUGAUUUCAUUUUCUCCUGCUAUUGCUGUAUAUGUGGACGAACUGACGUGGAUUAUAUAUUCCAUAAAAAAUUUGCCGGAAAAGAGAAAGUGGAUGCGGAGCAUUUCGCAAAGUAUCUCAAGGACGAGCAUUAUGAUCCAAGGCUUAAUGAGUUGCUUUAUCCCUCUCCCACACCACAAAUUGCUCAGUAUUUAAUAGACGAAAUGAGCAGAAAUGGUACAGGAGAGCAGCUGACAAAAGAAUCAUUCCUGAGAUUUCUGUUAAGUGAGUAUAAUAUUGGAAUGCAUCGGGAUCAUCUGAUAUUAAAGGAAGAAAACAUGCACAAGCCGCUUUCGCAUUAUUUCAUCAACAGUUCGCACAAUACAUAUCUCAGAGGUUAUCAAGUGAAUUCCAAAAGUUCUGUGGAAAUGUACCGUUAUGUGUUACUGUCUGGAUGUCGUUCCAUUGAACUUGAUUGUUGGGAUGGAUCAGAUGGUGAACCAAUUAUUACUCACGGGCCUUCACAACUUACACGAGUUACUCCUGUAUUAUUUAAGGAUGUUAUUAUAGCCAUUGCGGAGACAGCUUUUGUGGUUUCUGAAUUUCCGGUAAUUCUGUCAUUGGAGAAUCAUUGCUCGGUGAAACAGCAGAGGAAAAUUGCACUGUAUUGCCGAAAAAUUUUCGGAAAUUUUUUACUCACCGAACCAUUGAGUGACUAUCCGAUUAAGCAGGGUGUGAGUUUGCCGUCACCAAAUGCGCUCAGAAAAAAAAUUUUGAUCAAAAAUAAGAAAAACGAUAAUACGGAAACAGAGGAUAUUUUUAACAAAUCAAUUUCAUCAACAUCACAAAAUGCCGCAGAAAAUGAUCUCAGUGAAAGUGAAAGUAGUGAGAAAGACGAUGUCGUCAAUCAAAAUGGAGUCAAUAUGCAGACGCAGUCACAAAAUUCAGUUGUUGCUCAUGAACUGUCGGACCUCGUAAAUUACAUGCGUGCAUUGGGAAAGUUCACGUCAUUUACUGAUUGUGAAAGUAAACAAAUGUGUUAUGGAAUCUUUUCGAUGAAUGAAUCCCGUGCUUAUGAAUUGGUAAAAGAGGAUCCAAUUGAGUUCGUUAAUCACAAUAAAAGACAAAUUACACGUGUUUAUCCAAAAGGCAAACGUGUUGAUUCCAGCAAUUUUUGGCCUAUUAAAUUUUGGAAUUGUGGCUGUCAAAUGACAGCUAUAAAUAUGCAAACACCUGACAUACCAUUUCAAAUGAAUGUAGCAUUUUUCGAACAGAAUGGCCGUUCUGGAUAUGUUCCCAAGCCAAGUUUAAUGCGUAAAGCUGAUGCAAAAUUUAAUCCGUUUGAAAUGCAUACCAUGGAUCUUGUUGUACCUGCCUAUCUUUCUGUUACCAUAAUUUCUGCUCAAAUGCUAUCAUUUGCAUGCGAGAAGCGUCCCUCAACGUAUGCAGAAGUGAAUUUUUAUGGACAUUUCAAUGAUUUGUCACGAUUUUCGAAACGAAAAUAUCGUACAAGAAUUGUCAUGGAUAAUGGAAUUAAUCCAAAUUAUAUGGAUUUUUGCAAAGAAGGCUUCAAAUUUGAAAAGAUAAUAUUUCCGGAGAUGGCCUCAAUUCGUUUGGCUGUAUACGAGGAGAAUGGUCGUCUUAUUGGACAUUGUUUCUUGCAUGCAAGUCCGUUCAAUUCAGCCGGGGUUCCGGCAUGUGCCACUUCGAAAUGCUCACAGCCAUCCAUUGGGUCCCGUAUCGCUUUUUGUUUUAUUCCUCAUUUAGUAAACGCACUGCAAAAUCCAAUUGAAGCUAUGAAGAAAAUAGCGGAAAGUGAAGAAGCUUCUGCAGCAUUGAUAAAUCCGAUAGAUAGCAUGAAACAACGUGAGAAAAUGCUUGUGGCAUUGGAGGAAUGCGAACCAAAAUCUCUCUCCCCUGAAUUAACCUUUUGGGAUAUCGCAGAAGAGGGCAAAGAAUUCAGUGCUAUGGAUAAUGGUCAAAAUUUUGAAAAUUAUGCUAACUUAUUACUAAAGAUGAAAUCAAUAAGUGCGGAGAGUGAAUUAGCAAAGGACGCAUACAUAUGUGAGGAUGGAAUGAAGCCAUUUAAUUUUGACAAAUGGAAUAUGACAAAUGAAAAAUUGAAAGAGCGCUUCUAUUUGGAUGAUAUGGAACUGAAACUUUUAAGAGAGGAUGAAUUAGCCAACAGUCAAAAAAUUGUAAAAUUGAAAAAGAAUUUCAAGAAGAAACAUAAAGCCAUCCUUGAUCUACUUGAUGCUUCCUUCAAACAAAAGUCAGUAUGUUCCACGUUAAGAAAUGUUCAUGAGAAUGCUUUUGCUAUUUAUGCUAAAUAUGAAAAGGAGAGAACAGAACUUAUUUUAUCAUUGGCGGAACAGAACAAAAAGAAGCUUAUUAAACAACUCGAUAUAGCUUAUAAAUGUGAGUCAAAACAACUGACCAAAUUAAAUCACCAAAAGCGUUGCGCGGAGCAAUGGAAUGUGGUUCGAACGGAUGGCGCAGAAUUACGAGGAAAAUAUGUAAAACUUGGCUUAGAAGAGCAGAGGAGAUUAAAUAAAUCAAAAGAAAGACGAUCGAAAGAAAUUGAUGAUAAUUUUGAAUUACUAAAACGAGAAAUUGGAGUACGAAUGGAGCAGAGGUUGAGAAAAGCUGUCUCUAUACUUCAUGGCCUGUAA